AUGAUAUAUAAAGAACAAUUAAAAAAAAAAAGGAAAAGAAUACCUAAGAUCAACAACUCGGGAAUUCUUCAAUCUCUACCUCUCUCUUUAAACCAUAAAAGAAUGUCGAUAUGCCCUUCUAUUGAAAAUGAUUAUGAGAAUAUGAUGUUAUGUGAUGAUGAAUCUCCUGUGUCUGCAGCAUCAACAAUUGCAAAUUUUAAUAAAUAUCACUUUAAUGAUUCUUAUUUUGUUCAUGAUCUUUCCAAUAGAGGUGAUAUUUGGAUUACAGAAAAUAGAUUAUCUGUAGAAUGGUAUAUAGAUAAUCAAUGCAUUAGAAGAUUCAAUUUUAAACAAAAAGUAUUGAGGGCAGGCUUUGUAGAUUUUGAGAAAGCUCCAAACUGUUUGAUUAUCAUAUUAAGAGAUUUAGCUCAUGUCUAUAACAUUUCAAAUGGAAAUUCUACAAGCGUAUGUUUCCCAUUCCCAAUCAUAGACGCAUUUUGGUAUUCUCAAGGUAUCGUAUUAGAAAGAGAAACCUUAUGUGUUCUACCUUAUCCAAUGGAAUCUAACCAAAAACACAAGUACAUUACAUUGACGGAUCCAAUGUCUCCGUUUGGUUUGGUAACUUUCUCUUCAAGACAAAAAUUUAAUUCAGAUGAUAAAUAUCAAGUUACUUCAAAAAUGUUGUUAUUAGCUGACGAUAAAAAACAUAACAUUACUGUCUUAUACGAUAAAUCGAGAAAUGAAAUCAAUUUUUAUUAUACAAGGGUAAUGAACUCAAAAUCAAAAGAUGACAUUCAUCAUAACGAAACUGCAAGUAAAAUAACGGAUUCAAAUAAAAUUUUCAGAAAAGUACCAGGAUUGAAUCGAAGAUCAGCUUCAAUUAACUUACAACAUGACAUGAAUCUCCACUUACCUACUAUAAACGAGCCAACGCUAUCAAGUACAAACACCAACAUAUCUUCAGCCGUUGAUCCUUCAUCAAUAGUUCCACAAUCAAUUUCUAAAAGAAGCAUGUCUGCAACCAUUGAUAGAAUGGGUACUUCCACUACUCCUACUGUAAUAGAUUUUACUCCAAAUUCGGCCCAACAAUUACAACAAGAAUAUAUUAGUCAAUCUAUAUCUUCAAAAGAUAUUAUACUGACAAAAGUAUCAACUUUACCAUUGCCACUAGACUUUGAUCCUGAAAACUGUAAUCUUCAAUGCAAACCUUUGCGUUUCAAAGACAAGGAAGCAAUUGUAAUUUAUGAUAAAGAAUCAGAUUUUGUGAAGGUUUGGUCAAUUACGCUAGUACCACAUAUAGUCAAUUCGUUAUCUUUCAAAUUUAAUGGCGAUGCUUCACAUACUCUAAUAAAAUCAUCCGAUAUAGAACUUUCUGAACAAAUUCUGGAAAUUCUUCCCUAUGAUUGUGAUAAAUUAAAGGAAUGUCUAGUAAUAAUUACGAGGACCUCAGAUGUAUUAUAUCUCUUCAACCCAUUCAUCGAGUUUUCAAUCUUCCCAAUUGAAAUACCCAGUUAUUUGGAAGGCAUAGUAAAGGAUAUUUGUUAUAUUUCCUCAGAAAGAAUUAUAAUAAAUAAAUUUUCAAAACCACAUUCAACAGAGAACUUUAGACACAUACGACAAACAAUAUUUCCUUAUCCUAGACAUCAGUGCAUACAAUUAUAUUUUGAGGCCUUAAGCUGGAUUUGUACUAAUGAAUUUUUUUACGCAUUAUCAUUUUUAUGGCAGCAUAUUAUGUCAGUUUUAGCCGACGAACAUGAUGAAAUAAGCGAUUAUAGAAAGGAAGAUUUAGAAUUCGAAGCAUUUUUUAAAUUAAUAAAAGUGAUAUUGUUGGAUACCUCAUCAGAAGAAAUCAAUAACUUAACCAAGAACCCUGUCAUUUCAUAUAUUAAAUCUAUGGAUGUGACAUCAUUGAUGCCAAAUGUCAUCUUAGGGUUGCAUCUGGUUAGAGAAGAGUUACUACUAAACGUUUUAUGUUCUAAUGAUGCCAAAAAACUUGGAAGAUUAUUAUUUUUUGCUACGUCUGUCAUGAACUGGCCAUCAACGUGGAAAGAUUAUUAUAAAACUGACAUAAGCAACGUAGAUGAACCACUACCAUCCAUUUACUAUAAUACAUUUCCCUUAGAUGAACCCCCAUCAAUUUUAAAGUCUCUAUUUAGUAUAAACGAAAGUAGCUAUAUCCCAAUCACUCCAUUUAUCAAUUUUUCAAGAUUAAUAGAAAAGGAUCAUGAAGUAGAUGAAUUAAUAACGCCAAGAUGUUUAAAACUUUUGAGGUUAUAUGAGCUAACGCAUUCAACUGACUUCUCUAUAGAGCAGAUUUUAGAAAUCUUAACGAAGCUUAACAUAAAGAAACCAGAAAUUGAUACAUACCCAGUUGGAGUGCUUACGCCACUUAGGUAUUUGUUGAAAAGAAUUGAGGAUAGUAUAUCCAGCAUAUCUGAAGAUGUGAACCUUGAAGUUAUAGCAAGAGCUGAUUUAAAUAGAUGCCUGGAAAGAAUAAAGCAAUUAAAAUCGGAUAGUUUCCCCUCUUCACAAGAUAUCUUACCAAGAUAUAUCCCACCUAAAGGAAAUAGUUAUGAAAAUGAGGUCGCAAAACCAAAAAAUAUAUAUUCAUUGGUUACAGAAAUUGUAACAAAAUCAAUAAGCGGUAAUGCUAAUAAGAGUUCUGUAGAUAAUGAAGAAGAAUCCAAUACACUUGACGAUGGGUAUUCAUUAAAGCAUAAUGCAGGAUUAAUAUUUUCUCAAGACAGAAGGUUUCAUAAUGCACUUUCUUUGUUAAGUUAUUACAAGCCACAUAACAUUUCAUUCUACUCAAGGCAAAGCGAGUAUAUAAAGAUAAUAAACCAAAAGAAGACAUUUGCGAAAAUUAUUUUCUUAAGAACUUGUGCCUCUGGUAUUGGUUGGGGUGCUAUUGCAUAUGCUACUGAGAAGCCUUUAUCGACUCAAAAAUGCUCUAGGCCAAAGUUAAAUUAUGUUUGUCUUUUUCCUGAUGGAACAAAGGUUUCAUUGAAUACAACUGAUGUGGAUCAUGAUACUGCACAAUGGGGUGAAUUCCAUGGAGGUGUAAGUUGUGGACUACGUAUCUCAAAAAAGGCUAAAAACAUUAACGGAAGUUGGAUUGCAUUUAAUAAACCAAGGGUGUUAGAUGCCCAGCAUGGUGGAUUCCUUUUAGGUUUAGGUUUAAAUGGACAUCUUAAGGAUCUUGAGGAAUGGCAUGUUUAUAACUAUCUAAGUCCCAAGCUGACACAUGUUAGUAUUGGGUUGCUUCUUGGUAUGAGUGCAAGUAUGAGAAAAACUAUGGAUUUAAAAUUAACCAAGGUUUUAAGUGUACAUAUUGUUGCAUUGUUACCAACAGGCUCUAGUGAUUUAAAUAUCAAUUUAAAAGUUCAAACUGCUGGACUUAUUGGAAUUGGGCUUUUAUACCAAGGUUCACAACAUAAAAAAAUGAAUGAAUUAUUGAUUUCACAAAUAACCUCAAUGAUAGAAAUAAAUGAAGAGUUCGUGGCUGAUGAAGGGUACAGAAUGGCAGCCGGUAUUGCUUUGGGAUUAGUUAAUUUAGCUUCUGGCACAAAACUAUCAUCUAGAAAUUAUUUAGAAAGUGGAACUGAAGAGAGAAUUUUUAGCAUAGACAAUAAUGAUAGUCAUGAGAGUAAUAAGAGCAAUAUCGAUCCCAUUAUUAUUAACCACUUAAUCGCACUUGUUUCUAAAACUUAUGAUAUAGAAUCUAAGUGGAUUCCAGAGAAUUCUCAAAUAGGUACAGUUUUGGCGCUUAUGUUGAUAUUUUUAAAAACAAGGCACUCACAUAUAGCUGAAACGAUCAAACCAAAUCUUCAGUUUUCUUCCUCAAAAAAUAUAGGAUGUAGACCUGAAUUAUACUUCUACAAGGAAUGGGCCUAUCAUAUGAUUAUGUGGGAUACUAUCGGAGAGGAUUUAUUAUUUGUAUUGAGAGAUAUAAGUUUACAAAUGCCUGAUACCAUUACUACGGAUAAGCUACCUAUCUAUUAUAUUAUUGGGGGUCGUGUAAUGUCAAUGGGUAUCAAAUAUGCCUCAACCGGAGAUGAACAAGUCCGCGAUUCAUUGUUAAACUUGUUAGACAGAUUACUACCAUUUUACCAAUAUGUAGGGGAUGCGAAGUUAGAUUUCAGGUUAACAAUUUAUGGUAUAAAUAUCCUCAUCAAUGUUAUUUUAGUAUCAGUUAGUAUGGUUAUGUGUGGAUCAGGUGAUCUUAAAACAUUUCAGAGGAUUAGAUAUCUUCAUGAAGUAGUUACCGGUAAGCAUUCUGAUCUCUUCAAGCAGACCACAAAAAAUUCUGAUCGUGAUGCUGAUAUUAAUGAAGAUUUAGAUAGUUUCAAUCAUUCUAAUGAAGAUAUUGAUGAAGAUCCCGAUGAGUCAUCAUCUCCAAUUGAUGAAACCAUAAUUGAUCCUGCUAAUGAAGACGAAAAAUUAAAUGAUGAUGAAAAUCACUUCUCAAAAUAUAUUUCAACAAGUUUAUCUCUAGGGUUUUUGUUUCUUGGAUCUGGGCAAUAUGGAUUGAAAACGUCAGAUAUUGAAAGUGUAGCAUAUUUGAUAAUAUCUGUACUUCCAACAUAUAUGGCGCCAUACCAUCUUAGUGAAAUAAAACAUUUCUGGAGUUUGUGUGUUGAUCCUAGAUGUUUAGUUUUAAAGGAUGUUCACACGGAGGAACCAAUUAAUAACAUCCAGUUAGAAGUUUAUGUAAAACAAGAUAAAAGAAAUCCAGUACAAAAAAAACAGUUGGUUUCGCCUUGUCUUCUACCAGAUUUAACCAAAAUAGGGGGAAUAAGAAUUGAAAAUCCAGAUUAUUAUCCAUUUGAGGUCCAAUUUAGUGAAGAUAUCACAGCAACGGAUUACUUUAAAAAUGGAAUUGUUGUAUAUUUACAAAAAAGGGAAAAAGAGAAUUAUUACGAUGAAGAUCAAAUAUUCGAAAACAAUAGACCUAGUGUCCAGCAAGUGCUGAAAGGAAAGAUUGAUUUAGAGAAAAGAAAAAUUGGAAUUGAUUCAAGACUUAGGGGAGCAAUUCCUUCGGAGGCACUAGUUGAGGAACUAGGCUUGAAAUCAUUAACUAUGUAUGAAAUAGAUAAUGAUUUGGCAGAAAUUAAGGUUACCAAUAAUGAAUCUCAAAGGUAUAAUUUAGAAAUGGUAUGUUCAGGAAGUAACAGUGGCGGUGACGUUGUAGAUUACCAAUUGGAAUUAUGGAGAAGGAGUCAUUCCCUCUAA